AGAGCGCUCGAGCGGUCGAGCUUGUCGACGACGGUCUUCUGCUGUUCUCACAGCGCGGCGCCGUGACAGCCCACGGAAAAGAAGAUUUCACAAGUGGAUUUUCAUCACGCCGUGUCUUCAAGGCGAGGAUUCUAAAAUAAAAUUUGUUUUCCACACUUAGAGAGCGUUCCUGUUCGUGUAACUUAAGGUGCUGCCUCCUUCUGCUACGAGAAGCGCGUGCGGACGCGAGCUCACCGAACCGGAGGCACACAGCCUCGGCGAGGAAAGGAAAGGCUGGAACAUCUGUGGAACACAUCAAGGCAGCUGUCAACAAGCAGGCCGUCCUUCCUGAGACUGGGGAGUUGCAGACAUCAACCUCCCUGCCUGUGGGUCUUCACUGUGACCUAAAGGGGGUUGUGCUAUGGUACUGUCCUCAGACAUAAGAUUAGGCCCCUCAGCCUUUUGCUGAGGAGCGGAAAACCCCGCCUCCAUGGCGGAAGAGGGUCAUUAUUCCCUUUCUGCAGGGUGCCGGGUAGUGAUUAACGUAGAAUCAUUCUGAGAACAGUUCCACACAGGAGGCCAGAAGCAGCUGCAGCUCAAGUAGCCAACGAUUGCAGCAAGGCCCAAACAGGAAUCGUUCUCUCCGUUCACCGCUUGUGUGCGUCUUCAUGCGUUUUGGGGAUUUUUUUCCACUUCUUAAAGCAAAUGUUUAAUCUCAACUGCUGACUGAAAAUAAGAGAAUAGCUUAUUUUACCUUAUGAAGUUGUUAGAAAAAUGACUUUCUGAAGAAAAUACAGAGAACUUGAUAGUCACUUUUAUUGUGAUACCCUUGUGGAUUGAAAAACAACUAGGGCAGUAAACCAUGGCAGCAACGUACCGUAUUGUGGUUAGCAGUAUCAGCUGCUACAACAGUAUGGUCAUAGACCGACGUGCACAGCAGGCCGUGCACUACUGUACAGGGGCCUGCCAGCUCCUACAGCACGGCCUGGACUGCACUGUCGCACAUCAUAGCACCUGUGCUGAGCUACCAGAUGUUCCAGUGGUGCCAUCUUCCUGCUCCCGAUCCUCCAUCGAGGACUCUCACCAGGCUUUCCCGGGCACUGCCAGGCUCAAAAAAGGGUCAUCCAUCCAAUGUUCCACCAGCCUCAAGGACAUCACUGGGGAGGCCAUCAACUUGGCGAGUGGGAAGAUCAAAGAGUUCUCCUUUGAGAAAAUUAAAUACUCCACAAAUCACGUCACCUUCAGAAAAGGCAGAAAAGUCCGGCCUGAUUCCUUUAGCAGAAGGUCCACUGACCUAGACAUUAUCUAUGGGCAUUUUGGCAACGAAGAAAACUGUCCACCCUUUGGCCUGCUGCAGAAGCCCGCCCUGGAGGAGCAGAAGUUAAGCCGUAGUGCCUCCCUGGAGCAAAAUAUCAACAAUACAGCCACUGUGUACAUGAACAGUUUGACGGAGGACAACCUCAUUACCAAGAUCUUGGAGAAGACCAAGACAGACAGCAACACUUCUGGUGAAGACAUUAAGGCCUGUCUUGACAUCCUGCUCAAGUGCUCAGAAGACCUCAAGAAAUGCACAGAUAUCAUCAAGCAAUGCAUCCAGAGGAAAUCGAUGGGAAGCGACAGCGAUGAAUCUGGCAGCCCUGAGGUGGUUUAUCGCAGCUUGAUGGCCCGGCUGUCAACGUACCUGCGGAGGCUCCCGUUGGAACUGGAGCAGGCACAAGCAUUGAGGCCAGACCACAGCGGCUUGGCAGAGCUCUUUAAUGGUCUACACAGCCUGCAGCAGGCUCCCUUUUCCCCACUUUUUGGACAUGAGCAGCCGCCCCGCUAUGAGGACGUUGUCCAGAACCCUCCCUUGUCCACAUCUCUGCCCCACUCUAUCACCCAGCCUCAGGAAUCCCAGGGAGUGAGAAGCUCUGUGGGUUAUACCAAGCCUGUCCAGAGCCUCUCCAGCCUACCUUCCCAUACUUCUCAACCUGCUGCUGUUCUCCAGCAUGGUACCAUAACUCCUGCCGGCCCUUUGAUGCUGUCUCAUAGCAGUGAUGGCUUAGCCUCCACAAUCUCUUUGCCAUCGAACAAAAGUGAGAGAGUUUGCAAGGGCUCCCUGGAGGCGCUGUACAUAGAGGAAGAUGCUGAUGUGAGCAGGAGAGAAGGAAAGUUUGGCAUAAGUUCUUCUGAUGAUCGACAGUUCUCAAGGAUGUCAGGCAUAGUCUCCGAACUUGGAUCAGAUAAGCUGCUGGAGAGCGGUAGGAAUGGGCCUGAGUUCCAACAGAAGACCGAGGCUUUUCCAUCACAAAUAACUAGUAAAACCUGCAUGACCCCUAAGAAACUAGGCCCAGAGCAGGACCUCUUAAGUCACUCCAUGCAGAGCAUCCACAGAGAUGAUGACAUUGAUAAACUGCUAAAGGAUUUGGAGUGCCUCUCUCAAAACAUUGGGUCUGAGCCACCUCUUGAAGUCAAAAGCUCACAGCUCAGGGAUCAACCCACAAAUUCAUCCCACAGUUCAACUUUUGGCCCAGGUAGUAGUCACCUAGCUGUGCCAGAUAGCACCUCCCAGUCCCUACUCGUAGCCAAGAAGGACCUGGGGGGAUCAGACAGUGGCAGUGUGAGUGGGGAGGAUGAUGGGGCAUUGCUUCUCAGGAUCCUGGAGAGCAUUGAGAGCUUUGCUCAGGAGCUGGUGGAGAAUGGAACAGGCACAGGGACACAGUCAAAGGAGUAUGAGGUGAUGCGACUGCUCCAGGACACGCUGGCAUGUGCUGGAAAUUCAUCCCCACGCCCACAAGUCAGCCCAGCUCCCGUCGCAGUGCGAGACACUGGUUCCUCCCUCCUGAUCCAACAGACUCCAGAGAUUAUCAGAAUCCAAAACAAACCGGAGAAGAAGCCAGGAACCCCACCUCCAGCCCCAGCGCCAGGGUCAUCCACCCCCACCCCGCGUCCACCCACCCCUCCUGUUAGCAAGGUUCCGGUGGCGCCCUCGCCCGUCUCCAUAAACAUUCCACGCUUCUACUUUCCCAAGGGACUUCCCAGCGGCAGUGCCAACUUUGACGAAGCCAUUGCCAAAAUUGAGGCGGCCUUCACUGAGUUUGAAGAGGAGAAAGCUGAUAUUUACGAAAUGGGGAAGGUCGCUAAGGCAUGCGGCUGCCCGCUCUACUGGAAGGCCCCCAUGUUCAACUGCGCAGGGGGAGAACGAACAGGGUUUGUGUCGGUCCACUCUUUCAUCGCUAUGUGGAGGAAGUUGUUACAUAGCUGCUAUGAUGACGCGUCAAAGUUUGUUUACUUGCUGGCCAAGCCAGGCUGCAGCUACUUGGAACAGGAGGACUUCAUCCCACUGUUACAGGACAUAGUGGACACACACCCAGGGUUGACUUUCUUAAAGGAUGCCCCUGAAUUUCAUUCCCGGUACAUUACCACGGUGAUCCAGAGGAUAUUCUACACAGUUAACCGCUCCUGGACAGGACGGAUCUCAAUGACAGAGCUGCGCAGAAGCAAUUUCCUGCAGACCCUAGCCCUGCUGGAGGAGGAAGAUGACAUCAAUCAGAUAACGGACUACUUCUCCUAUGAGCACUUUUACGUCAUUUACUGUAAAUUCUGGGAGCUAGACACAGAUCACGACCUCUUCAUCGAUGCCAAGGACCUGGCCAGGUAUAAUGACCACGCCUCCUCAAACAGAAUAAUAGAGCGUCUGUUUUCUGGAGCCGUCACCAGAGGAAAUUCUGUUCAAAGGGAAGGCAGGAUGAGCUACGCUGACUUUGUGUGGUUUCUCAUUUCUGAAGAGGACAAGAAGAACCCAACCAGCGUGGAGUACUGGUUUCGCUGCAUGGACCUGGAUGGGGAUGGGGUUCUGUCUAUGUACGAGCUGGAGUACUUCUACCAGGAGCAGUGCGAGCGCAUGGAGGCUAUGGGCAUCGAACCGUUACCUUUCCAUGACCUGCUGUGCCAGAUGCUAGACUUGGUCAAGCCCGAGUGCCAAGGGAAAAUAACCCUCCAUGACCUGAAGCGAUGCAGAAUGGCACACAUAUUCUACGACACCUUCUUUAACCUGGAGAAGUAUCUGGACCAUGAGCAAAGAGAUCCUUUUGCAGUGCAGAAGGAUUUGGAGAGUGAAGGUCCGGAGCCCUCUGACUGGGACAAGUAUGCUUUAGAGGAAUACGAGGUGCUGGUAGCAGAGGAGACGGCCAACGAUCAGCUGCAAGAGGGGUCCUUUGAUGACGACUAUGAAUCCGAUGAGCUCGCUGUCCCAGCAGAGAUAGGAAACAAGAUGGACAAACUGGUCAUAUCUGAUUUGUCAGCAUGAGCCUUGUGCCCACUGUUUACCCCUCUCCCCGUUGCUGCUGCCAGCAAUACCGAUGUCUGCAAAAAAGGGAAGAAUGCCUAGUUCUAAGCUAUAUUUCUUUUAUUCUCCAGAGGGGAAUUGCUUUUUUCUACACUUUAAAAGACAUUGUUUGCACGUGUGUGUGCGUGUGCAAUAGAAUUGCUUCGAAACCAAAAUGCUGUUUUGUGCAAUAUGUCUUAACAUUUAGAUCUGGAUUUCUUUUUGUUGUUUUUUUUCCUCAUUUGUUCUUUUUGUUAAUUUUUUUUUUUUUUUUUUUUUUUUUUUUUUUUUUUUUAUCAGAUUAUCAGCAGAUUUAAUGUUUAAGCGUAGGACAUCCACACAGUUUCUACAUGACACUUCAGGGAAUGCUUUAGAGACAUUACGGUUUUUGUUAAUUUUUCGAUAGAAUCUGAACCUGCAACAUAUAAUCAGUAUUUUUAAAUUAUGUAAGAAAUUACUAUUUUAUCUAUAAUAUUACAUUGUGAGACAUUUCACUCAUAAGUAGAUGUACUGCUGUUUUUAAAUGUCCAAAAAAUUUAAGUGGUCGGUUAAAAAAUCAUAAGGGUUUUUUUUUUUUUCUUUCAGCAUGUCAUACAGAGUUUGAAUUGUGAGGACUUGAGUAUUUUUCAUUGUCACCAGGUGAUUCUGUGUGUGAAAACUUGUUUGCUCUGUUGCACACCCUAGUGGCCUCAUGUGGUGACACAUGGUAAAAAAUACAGUACAGCGGGUCCUCGCCUUAUGAACUUUCGAAUAACAAACUUUUAGUCAUUGCAGAUAUUUUGAGAAGCAUUUAGUAUUUGUUUUUUCGCCAAUACCCAGAACUAGCGUUCCAAUUUGUGCACCAGAACCUUACUGGCAGAUAGUUAUCAUGAACAGUACCACCUUUCAUUUUUCAAGAGCUGAGAAGAAAACAACCGGCGAAGGAGCUGUAGAUGGUCCCCUGUCUUCUACACCUACCAUUUUAACGUAAAGGUUUGAUGCGCAGUUGUCUACACUUCAGAAGUAAAUAACAUAAAGCUUGCAUCAUUUUGUAAUUAUACUUUUAUUUGUUGUUAUUGUGCUUAGUGAAUUUCCUGUGAUGUGUGGGGUGAAAAAAGGAGCCCGGAGCCGCAGAUGAUGACAAACAGCCUGGUGCAGCUCUGGGCACGCUUCUUUACGGCUUUCCUAUUAACGCUGUGUCGUAAAUAAGCCUCAAAAUGCCCAGGGCUGUGCGCAAGCUGCCAAGAAGCUUUCCGGGUUUCUGACCUAAACAUUUACCUUUAUUCGUUUAGCAGACCCUUUUUUCCAAAGCAACGUACAACUCGGCGCACAAAACCACACUUUGCCAAUAGGCAGAGAAAUGCAGAUAUAGACACGUUAUUCUGUGGCGGCACUCAAUUAGUCCGAAAUCACCACUUUUGCCGACUCGCAUUACACAGGUAGCUGCAUACAGAAUUGUUGACAAGCCUCUCACCCACUUUGUUAUAUGUGACUUGCAAACUUUCUGAGUAAUGAACCAACUCUUGAUCCCAGUUAAGUUCGUAAGCAGGGGACCAGCUGUAUUCCGGUUCAUUAUUACCACUAAUUUUAAGCACGGGGCAAUUUAAAUGUGCCUCUAAAAGCAAAAAAGCCUUGCUUUGCAAGUGUGAUAACUGUAGAGAAUUUUAACUCGCCAUGUUUAUUAACAAUACUUUGAAAGAGACAACUCAAACUAUUAAAAACUAGUUGCAAAAUAGUAUCGUUUCUCACUUCGUAGUGAAGGUAAAAAUCAGCCAGUGGCGACUGACAGGUUACAGUAUCUAAAGUAAGGUAAUCCCAAGGACUGGUGCCACUGGGUAGCGGAGAUUUAAUUUGACAAAGUUAUGCUUCCAACUGCUAAACCAGUAAUUUUGUGUUAAACUGAAGUUUGUUUAUGGAGACUGAAUUAAUGUAAAGUUCAAAUCUGUGUUUUGUCUUAUGGUCUUAAAGAAAGUCUGCAAUUUCCAAAUGAUAGAUACGUGUCUUUACUUAAUUUGACCGUACUCGAGAUGACAGUGAAAUCCAAACUUAAAAAAAAAAUAAAUAAAUGUAGGACAUACAGCAUUGGAGAAUGUGUUCAGUUCUCUGUUGCUUAUCGUUAAAGAGAUUUCAGGAAAGCAAAGUGAAAUAUUUCUGGAGGAGUUUCCGUGUGGAUCAACUGUGAAAAGGAAGUCUUGGUCUAGAGGUACUGUUAAUAUCCCUCUUAUGAGGACAGACUUGACCAGUUUUGCUGCAGGUGGUCUCCUGUACCGUGGCACUGUUCGUCUAUCGAAACACCCGCACUCAGCUGCGCUUUUAAAAACGAGGGACGUCCGGUGCCGUUGCGGUACAAUCGGACCGCGGUUAACGUCCUCGCGUGGUGCCGGGCUCACACUGAACCUGUUUCCAGACACUUGCGCUGGGCUGACUGCUCCAUGUAGGAAGUUCUCAGCCGUACUGGACACACGCAAUAUAUACAACUCUUGGCUGGCCUUUUCUUGUAAUUAAUGUAAAAUAUUUUGCGGUGUUAUGUGCAGUGUAUAGUUCCUUCUGUACUCAGUUUGUUUUUAAUCCUUCCUGUAACCACUGUAAAUCUCUUUUUAUUUUAUUCUUCCAAGUGAUCUGUUCUGCCACUGAGUGGCACUGGGUUUUUUAAACGACGUUGUUAUUAUUGCUGCCAGUGUUAUGUUCUGUGCGUUAAGCUUCAAAAAGGUGGUUUUCUAAGGAAUUCUCUCCGUGAAUUCACUGUACGAAGACAAUCAACUGGACAUUUUGAGGAAAUUUGUGUCCUUGACCAGCACUUCAUGUCAGCUGAUGUAAAGCAAUAUAACUGCUGUAAGGAUGACUUAGAACGGGUCGUUUGAUCAAGAUGUUGAAUUGAAACUGGAGGUUGAAACUGUUCUAUUUCAGUUGAUGUUUUACACUAAUAUCCUCAUUCUAUGCAAGUCGAAAUAUCUGAGUGAGGCAGCUACCGUAGCUAUGAUGCAACUGCUGAAAUCUGACUCGCGCUACGCCGACCCCACUGCACUGACCCCCGCCGUCCCGGCUCCCGCCGCGCCCACCGAGUCCUGCCGGAGUUCCACGUGGUUUGCACGCGGGUUAUUAGCUCUUGUAGGCAAACCGACAUGCUGAGUCGGCUCCCGUUGUGAAAUUCUGUGCGUAAUGAGAUCGUGCUUGUGUUCGCAUGCCUUAUUCUUCUUUUAACAUUGUGACAAAUAAAUUCAUUUUAA